AUUCACCAGCGAAGCGAAAGCAUGACGUCAUUACUGAGAAUUAGCGCAUGCGCUGUGAAGGGGGGAACAGGGGGAGCUGAAUUCUCCGGAACAACGGUUUGUGUUUGACGCGAGGCCAUUUUUCAGCAAGGAACAUUCCUGUUGCUGUAAAUUUUCCGUUUGGUUGUGGUAAGAAACAGCAUCAGUAUGAAGGACGAUUCAUUUAUCUUUUGGAUUUUGUUACUUGUGAACGGUGUGUCUGAUGCUAAUCAGAAUGCAGUAAAUUUGACAUUAAUGGUGGGAGAUUCAGUCACUUUAAACUCUGGUUUAAGUGAAAUAUCCAAGGAAGAUACAAUGCGGUGGUUCUUUAAGAAGGAAGGACAGAAUGAAGAACGUAUAGCUGAAAUCACAGGAGAGAAAAUAAGGUUGGAUGAUCUUAAUGGGAUUUUCAAAGACAAACUCGAGCUGGAAAAAAAGAACGCAUUUCUGACCAUCACAAGCAUCAGCAGUAAAAAUACUGGAGAAUAUAAACUAAAGAAAAGUGAAAAUAUCAUAAUUUCAUUCAUUGUGAAUGUCAAAGAUGGUGUGAAGAAUGUGCCAGUGAUUGAGGGAGAUUCAGUCACUCUACACACUGGUGUUAUCCUCAAACGUGAUGUGAAGUGGACAUUUGAAAAUCGAGACUUAAAACCCAGUGAUGAUCAGACCGGAGAUCUCACCAUCACAAACAUCGAUAAUCAUCAGAGUGGAAAUUAUGUAUUGGAGAUCAACAACAGCACAAUGGGCUUAAAUAGAACAUACUACAUUGCUUUGAUCGAUGGUGUGAAGAAAGAAACGGUGAAAGAAGGAAAUCCUGUCAAUCUACGCACUGGGCUUAUUGAAAUUAAGGGUUAUGAUCUGGUUUUGUGGAAGACUAAGGAUGUUACUGUGGCUGAAAUCAAUAAAAACAAAAAUAAAUUCUUAACACUUGAUAAAGGUGAUACGAGAUAUGGUGGCAGACUGGAUUUCAUUCAACAGUCUGGAAAUCUCAUCAUCCGUGACUCGAGAACAACAGACUCAGGAGAUUAUGAUUUACAGAUGAACAGCAGCACAUACUCCUUACAGAGGACCAUCCGUGUUACUGUUAACAAUUCAGGUGUGGCUACAGGUGCUGCAACAGGAAUCGUUGUUGGUCUGCUUGUGCUCCACUGGUGUCUGUAGCUGUAAUUCAUCAAAACAUCAGCAAAAUAGCGAUAUUUCCUCUGAUGAAAGAAAUUGAUUAGCAAAUCCAAUUAAGUCUUAUAAUAGCAGUAUUGUAUGUGCUUUUGAGAUGCGAAACUGCUUAUUAAGGAAUUUAAUUUGCUGAUAAUAAGUAAUAUAUGAUGCUUUCAUUCCUAAUGGCGUAGAUGCAGUAUUGAGCCUGGGCUUACUUUACAUGGACAUCAGUAUCCUGAUUAUUUACUUUAUUCCAUAUAAGACGGAUUUAAAGUGUUUGUGGGUGUGAGUUGUCUUUAGAAUAUUUCUUUCAUGUUUCGCUUUUACAUAUUAUAGUUUAUACACUGAAUAAUGCCACACAACGUUACAUUCCUAAGUGACAUCCUCGAACAUUCCCUCCAGAAUUUUGCACAUCAACACUCGUUGGUGUAGGACCAUAUAGAGUUUCGGGUGUUUAAGCUUCAAGUGCUGUUAAUUGUUUGUCAUGCUAUUCACGCAAACAGAUGACAGCAGAUACUAAUUCUUGCUCAUUGCACUCUUUUGUUUGCCAUAUUGUUGACCACCGUUUACAUUGUAUAACAGAUUGUCUUAAUAACGUUAAUAUCAGAAGGUUGUUGUCCAUGUAAAUGUACUGAAGCUGUUCAUUUUGUGUUAUUUUAUGAAAGGAACACUCCUCUUUUUUUUGAAAGUAGGUUAAUUUUAUAACUCCCCUAGAGUUAAACAUUUGAGUUUUACCAUUUUUGAUUCCAUUCAGCUGAUCUCUGUGUCUGGGAAAGUUUUUUUUUUUCUUUUUAGCUUAGCUUAGCAUAGAUCAUCGAGUCAGAUUAGACCAUUAGCAUCUUGCUCAGAAAUGACCAAAGAUUUUUUUUUUUGAUAAUUUUCCUAUUUAAAGCUUAACUCUUCUGUAGUUAAAUUGUGUUCUAAUACUGACUGAAAAUGAAAAGUUAUUAUUUUCUAGGCCAAUUGAAUGAGCCUAUUUUUUAAAAAGUGGAGUGUUCCUUUAAGUGUUUGACUAAAUAAGCCUAAUGCAGCAUGUUGUACUGUAUAAGAUAUUGCGAGAAGCAAUCUAAAGCUAAAUAUGUAUAUGUGCCUUUAUUUUUUGAUACUUGCAUUUUUACAUUCCACAUUGUUUUGUAUGUCAUGUACUUUUGUGUUUAUUAUCUAAAGAUUUUAAGCAUUUUGAAAAAACAACAUUUGGACCAUUGGGGAGCAAUAAAUAAAUGUAUUAGUAUUAUUAUUGCUAUUAUUAUUGGAAACAAAACCUUGUUAGAACUUGCUGUUUAUAGAUGUUCUUAAUCUUUUUUUUUUUCUUGUUCACAUUUCUCACUGCACCCCAGUCUCUAAUUCAUUUUUUAUUUGUUAAACAUUUCAUUCAUUCCUCUUUUGAUCUUUUAUAAACCUCUGUUACUACAUGACAGGCAGUGUAUUUUAUUUUAUCAGUUAAAAUCUGUAUCAGUGUUAUAGUUAUUAAUUAAAAGCUUGAUUUGCCAUAAAU